CAUUUUAGCAUAAGCACCGGGUCCACCAUUAAUGACGAAGAUAACCACCCAAAUCAUUACUACUUGAUCCAACGACAAAAUCUCACCACUCUCAGACAAUAAGCGCACGUUAGCACACAACAACAACACCUUUCCAAUCCCAUGUUUCGAUUCACACGAGGAAGAAGAACCCAGCAACCUUAACCCACCACUCACAAAUCCGGAAGUUCUUGUCCCAUUUCCUGGAUCGAUCUAUUUUGAGGUCAAAAGCAACAUUUAAGGUUAAAAAAACAUUAAAGUUUCAAUCUUUUUGGUCUUAAAAAGUGAAAAAGAAAUAAGGGCAAUGGUGGAAUGAAGAUAAUAAAGGUGAAACCAAGAAUAAGAGAAAGGAUAUGGCAAGAAGUGAAUGGGGUAUUCAAGUUCAAUCAAGAGGAGGAGGAAAGUGGGUUUUUUCUUACAAGAAAAUCACUAUCAUAGUUUGUCUUUUCAACAUUGCCAUUGCUCUCUAUUGUCUUCGUUCUCUUUAUGCUUCUCUUUAUAUCUACUCUGGUAGUGUUGGAAGAAACAUUGUAGUGUAUAAACCAGAUCAGAUUCGGAAAAUGGAAGAGUCGGAUCGAAUUAGGAAGUUGUACAAACCGGUGGAGUUAAUGAAAUGGGUGAAGGAAUUAGAAGGGGAGUUUUCAAGGCAAAAUGUGGAGAUUGAGUUGCCUCAACACUUGAAACAGAAGAUAAUUGAUGAGGUCUUGCAGAAACUAGUGAGUUUGAAUAGCAGAAGCACUAAUCAAUCUCACUCGCAGGGCAUUGCUACGGAGCGAGAAGCGGUUGAAAAUUGGCGCAAGGAAAAAUUGGAAGAGGUUAAGUUGGUUUCAAUGGGUGGGAUUUCCAACUCUACCGUUUCUCUUGAAGAGGCAGGGAUGCUAGUAAAAGCUUUGGAAUCUGAUUGGGCUGUGCUUGCUGAAGAAAUUGGCCUAUGGAUACCUGUUGAAGUUGUGAAUGAAGAACAUAACGACAAACCUGAUGGGGUAGAUGAUUCAGAGGAGGAAGUUCUUCCUGGCAAGCCCCUUCCACAGGAGUGCAAACCAGAACUUCAUACAGAUUAUGGCGGUGAUGCGGUAAAAUGGGGUCUUACUCACCACAAAGAUAGUGCCGCUGAUUGCUGUCAAGCUUGCUUGGACCAUGCUAAACGUGCCAAAGAAGGUGAAAAGAAAUGCAAUAUUUGGGUUUAUUGCCCAUCAGAAUUUGGAUGUCAUUCACCAGAUGUCUAUCAGCACAAACAUCAGGAAUGCUGGCUGAAAUAUGCGGAGAAACCAAAACUAAAUUUUAAGGAUAGAUAUCCUGAGUGGUAUCGAAAUUCGCGUCCAUCUGCACCAGUGAUUGUUCCGUGGGCCUCCGGGGUUAUUAGUGCUUGAGAUAAAUAACCAGCACAUAAGGAAGUAUAGUACAACACAAUCGACCUGAGUCCGGAUUGUAGAUUAUUACAGGCACUCAAAGCUAGCUUUGGCAAAGCCUUUGUCAUGCUUUGUGGAUUAUACUAUUGUUGUUCAACAUGUUUUUGCCUUUUUAGUUUAAUGGAAUGAAAUGGGGAGUAAAGGGUUCCCCCAAUGGUCAUUAACUAAUUUUGGACAUGGUUCUGGUCAAAGUAUGGGGUUUUCGACAGACUCAUAGCCUCCAUGCUAAGGAUUUUGAUAUGAGAAUUGAUGCCUUAAACAUGUGUCUAUAUCAGAUAAUACCCCCACUACAUGUGUAACAUUAGAUUCUUGGACGGUGUAGUCGGAGUUUGAUCACAGAAACAGAUAUUUGCUUUUGUUAAAAGUGUUUCGGGACAUUGUUAUUUUCUUGUUUGUCUUCACCAAAAUAUGAGACAAACAUCCCCUUAACAGGUGAGUAAAUUGUUUUGUUGUGUGAGCUACGUGAUUCAUUGUAUCUUUGGAAUUUAAGUUCCUUCUCAUAAUAUAAUUCCUGUUCGAGAUGUUA